AUGGUGGAGCUGCAGCGUCUUCAGACCGCAGACGUUCGCUACGCGAUCUCACGAUCAUGCGGGGACAUCGUCGAAGCUCUUAUCCUGCUGCAUUGCCCGGAGAAGAUGUCAAUGAGAAGUUGCGCAGAGAAGAGAUCGUUGUACGCACGCGAACCUGCUCGAUCGGCUUCUGCUCCGCCACGUAAACGGUGGUUUCACAAAGCUCCUCUCGAAAGAGUUCACUCACAGAUGACGGUAUGUGACGAAUUGACUCGCAAACUAGUCGGGGCGAUUACCACAUGGCACGAUAUCCACAGCAAUCUGCUCAGACUCAGCAUAGACAAAUCCUGCUCAGACAUAUCAAUCAGUGAUCAGUCAUCGAUUUCCUCUGACUCGGACGAAAGUGCGAAUGGUGCCGACUACGCGAACAGCAAUGCAGCGAGGUUUUCCCUUUCGAACCCGGAACUCACGUCAAUGCAGAUCAAACAGAUGUUUCCGGAGCUCAGCGAGCACUGGAGAAGAUCGUUGGGAUUGGGAUUUGCCUGGACUCCAAUACGUGAACUAGCCGAGGAACAGCUAAUUCGCGACCAAACCUACGCCGGUAAACUGGGAACAUGCUACGUUAAUCGGAUCAGAAGUGAAGAAAGAAGGAUGGACUGCGGUACCCCGUGUGACAAUCUUGGCACUGUCAUCGGAACUGCACUACAGAAGAGGCGACCGUCUGAUGGAAGAUUGUAG